UGCAUCCCUCGGCUUUCCCUCCCUGUGGCCCUGAGCGCAGCAGAUGCACGUUGAGGGGCCCGGGUUCUGCCUGCCUGAUAAUGGGGCCUUUGUGCUGCUGCUGACUCAGGGCUUUUUGCCGGCCGCUGGCCACGGCGGGAGCCCCGUGACAUAUCGGUGGGGGGACAGCGAACGGCUGGGGACAGGCUCUACAGGCAGCCAGCGCUGCAGGAGCCAGCAUUGCCCCAACGCCUGCCAGGGGAUGGAGGCGGCUGCCCCGCGCUGAGCAGGACCGGGUGAGUGCCUGGGCUUUCCCCAUGGGGUGCUGGGCAAAAUGCAGGCCUGGGGUGGGCAGCAGACCCAGCCCUUGCCCUGUGGGAAUGCAGCGGAGAAAGGGGAGAUGCUGAAGGGAGCAGGAGAGGCCAUGGAGCUUCCCCGGGCAGAGCCCCCACUCCAGCAGGACCAGCCUGAGUCCUUGGUGGCUUCAUUCAUUGCCAGCCGGGGCUCCCACCUGUAAGCAUGGCUCAGCGGUGAAACCUCUAGUGACAGCUCUGGCUUGGAAAGAUGGGGACGAGAGCUGGAGAGCAAAACCAGCAGCCGCCCUGCCCAGGGGCAAGGGAUCCCAUCCCUCUGGUCCAAGGACGUGCAUGGGGACAUGCAGGGACAGCUCUGCCCCCUCUGAUGCCCUGCCAUGGCUCCCACCCUGGCCCUUGCCAGCCUCAGUUUACCGGGAGCCCCACUGCAUGCGGUGUCCUGCCCAUCACCUUUCCCCAAAUCCCACUUGGGCAGGGGCAGCGCCGUGAGCCCCCUGCCCGCAGCCGGGCCGCGCCUCUCUCUGCCGCAGACACCAUGGGCUCCCGGCACUUCCCCGCCCGCACCGUGCUCUUCGAGAAGGAGACCACCGGCGUCACGUACCGCGUGCCAGCCCUGCUCUACCUGCCCUGCGUGGCCAAGCUGCUGGCCUUCGCUGAGGAGCGGCUGAGCGCCGAUGACGCCCACGCCAACCUGCUGGUGCUGCGCCGCGGCACCGUCUACGGCAGCUACGUGGAGUGGGAAGACAUGCGGGUGCUUGAGACGGCGGCGCUGCAGCACCACCGGUCGAUGAACCCCUGCCCACUCUACGAUGAGUUCACAGGCACCCUCUUCCUCUUCUUCAUCACGGUGCUGGGCAGGACACCCGAAGCCUUCCAGAUUGUCACGGGCCAGAACGUCACCCGCCUGUGCUGUGUCACCAGUGCCGACCAGGGGCUGAGCUGGAGCAAGGCCACAGACCUGACGCAGCAGGUCAUCGGCAGGGCCAUCAAAGACUGGGCCACCUUUGCACUGGGCCCCGGGCAUGGGAUCCAGCUGCGCUCCGGCCGACUGCUGGUGCCUGCCUACAGCUACCACAUUGACUGCAAGGAGUGCUUCGGGCAGCUCUGCAAGACCACCCCUCACUCCUUCGCCUUCUACAGCGACGACCACGGCCGGGGCUGGCGUUUUGGGGAGUUCAUCCCCAACCUGCAGACAGGCGAGUGCCAGCUGGUCUCGGUGGACGAGGAGGACGGCUCCAAUGUCCUCUACUGCAAUGCCCGCAGCCCCCUGGGCUUCCGCGUCCAGGCACUGAGCACCGAUGACGGGGCUGUCUUCCACGGGGGGCAGCUGGUCCAGCGGCUGGUCGAGCCCCCCCACGGGUGCCACGGCAGUGUCAUCGGCUUCCCUGCGCCUUUCGUGUACGGCCCCCAGCCCCCUGACAUCCCUGGACAAGACUCGGCUCCACGGCCACUCUCCCGUUUUUGGGACCUGCUUGCUUUGAGGGCAGCAGGGGAUAAGCUCCAAGUGGACCCCAAAGCCACCUCCAGCCCCAGCACCUUCUUCCAAGCACCAACGUGGGUGCUCUACUCCCACCCCACCAGCCCCAUGUCGCGGGUCAACAUGGGGGUUCACCUCAGCACCUUCCCCAGGGACGCAGACAGCUGGACCGAACCCUGGGUCAUCUACGAGGGCCCAAGCGCGUAUUCGGACCUGGCUUACAUGGAGCUGCCCCACAGCCAGGCCCCCAUCUCUGGUGGCCCAGCCAUUGCUUUUGCCUGCCUCUACGAGAACGGGAAGCGGUCCCCCUACGAGCAGAUAUCCUUCAGCAUGUUCACACUGCAUGAUGUGCUCCAGAACAUCCCCCUGACGGCUGCAGUGCCCUGCAGGAAGCGGAGGCGAAGGAGCUGCUGUGUCUCCUAGAGCCACCUGCAGCACCCCCUGGUGUGGGCCGGCCGUGGGCACGUGGGGGCCGGCCACCUUCCGUGGCCGGGCUGGGUCUGGUGGCACGCAGGGAGAACCCGGCACGACCCUGUGGCAGGGCAAGCUCUGCUGAUGUACACCAGGGUGGGAUCUGGGGGCUCCUCCAGUCCCCUGGGCUGGACCAUGCUGAGGGCUGAUGCUCCUGUCCCAACACAGGGUUUUAUCUCAUUUGUAUUGCUCUUUUAUAAUUAUAGAGGUGGUUGGGCUCAGA